AUGAAAAGAAUUAUUAAUCUAAAAAGAAGAAAAAAUAAUAAAAUAAAUUCAAAAUAUUUUUUAAAAAAAAGACAUUUAAAAAUUUUAAUGAAAUCAAAUCAAAUAAAAAAAAUAAAUAAUAAUAAUAAUAAUAAUAAUAAUAAUAAUAAUAAUAAUAAUAAUAAUAAUAAUAAUAAUAAUAAUAAUAAUAAUAAUAAUAAUAAUAAAAAUAAUAAUAAUAAUUUUAAUAAAAUUAAUUUUAAUAAAAAAAAAUUUAAAAUUGGGAAUAAUUUAAAUGAAUUAAAUUCAAUAAUAAUACCAAAUGAUACAACUCAUUUAUUAUUUUCAAAUUAUUUUAAUUUACAAUUAAAUCAAUUAAAGAUACCAAAAUCUGUAAUUUCAAUUAAUUUUAUAAAUAAUUGUUUGUUUAAUCAAAAAGUUUGUAAAAAUAGUUUUUCAAUAAUGAAUAAAUUAAAAAUACUUAAAUUUGGUGAUAAUUUUAAUAAUGCUGAUUUACCAAUUAAAAAUGGUGAUUUACCAAUAUCUUUAAUUGAAUUAGAUUUGGGAACAUUGUAUAAUCAAGAUUUAGAAAAGGGUUCUAUACCAUUGAAUGUAAAGAAACUAUCAUUGGGUGAGUCAUUUAAUAAAGAGUUAAAAGUUGGUGAUAUUCCACCAAAAGUUGUAUCAUUACAAUUUAGUGAACAUUUUAAUCAAAUAAUUAAACCAAACGUACUACCAAAUUCAAUCACUGAUUUAACAUUUGGUUCAAAAUUCAAUCAACCUCUAUUACCAAAUUCAAUUCCAAACAAUUGUAAAACUUUAUUUUUUGGUGUAGAUUUCAAUCAACAAAUUCAAAUUAAUGUCAUUCCACCCUCUGUAACUAAAAUCAUUUUCAAUCGGUCAUUUUCUCAAAAAAUUUUGCCAAAUUCAAUAAAAUCAAAUGUUAAAGAAAUCUAUUUCAGUAAUUCUUUAUUAGAAUCAGAAUUAGAAAAUUUACCAAAAACAACAAAAGUUUAUUUUAAUUCUUAA